UCACAGGAAUUCGGGGACGCGAGUGAACACGCUCCCCAGGAGGUUUUGGAAGAGGCAACAUGCCACGACUUGACUGAGGAAUUCUGGGACGCAAGUGAACACGCUCCCCAGGCGGAUCUGGAAGAGGCAACAUGCCACGACUUGACUGAGGAAUUCUGGGACGCAAGUGAACACG